GACGGACGCAAAGCUGCCGGGCAUGCAGCGUGAUAUGGGCGAACGCAGAUCCGCCGUGAAGACGCGAGCGGACUCACUCAACGGAAUCUGCCCGAGUAAUGAGCCGAUUGACGCCAUAAUCGUCGGCGCUGGCUUUGCGGGCUGUUACAUUUUGUACAGACUUCGACAGCGAGGCUUCAAAGCCAAGAUCAUCGAGGCCGCAUCAGGACUCGGUGGCAUCUGGUGGUGGAACACGUAUCCAGGAGCUCGGGUAGAUAGCCAGUACCCCAUAUAUGCGCUGUCGUUACCCGAAGUCUACGAAGAUUGGAACUGGACGUCUCAUUAUCCCGGAGGCACAGAGUUGAGGGCGUAUUUCGAGCACGUUGACAAGAAGCUGCACAUAAAAAAGGAUACCAUCUUUGAUACGAAAGUCACACGAGCCACAUAUCUUGAAGAUGAUGACCUAUGGCUCUUGGAAUGUGACACUGGAGUAAGCUAUACGGCACGUCAUUUUAUUGCAUCCUUGGGCUUUGCUGCAAAGAGGCACUUCCCCGAUUGGCCCGGUCUAGAUGAUUUCGAGGGCAUCAUGCACCACAGCUCUUUCUGGCCACAUGAGGGUGUAGACGUAAAGGGGAAAAAGUGUGGGGUUGUAGGAACCGGAGCUACAGGCGUGCAGAUCACCCAGGAAUGGGCAAGAGAAAUUGGCGAAGAAGGAGAGCUUAAGAUGUUCCAGAGAACGCCAAACUUGGCGUGUCCAAUGAAUCAAGUAUAUUUGACGCCCGAAGAACAGGCAAAGGACAAGCUGAAUUACCCUGCCCUGUUCGAUCAACGUUUCGAGAACUACAAUGGCUUCUUGUACCAGGUUAGACCGGAAAUCAUGAUGGAGCAGUCUGAAGAGGACCGGCAGAAAAUGUUUGACAUGCUUUGGAAGAUGGGUGGGUUCCGUUUCUUGAUGAACAACUACUACGACAUGAACAGAGACAUCAACGCGAACAUGUUGGCUUACGAAUAUUGGCGCGAUCGUGUCCGUGAACGCAUCAAGGAUCCUCGCAAAGCGGAGCUCCUUGCUCCAAUGGAACCUCCGCACCCAUUCGGCGCCAAACGUCUUUCUCUCGAGCAGGACUUCUACGACCAUUUCAACAAGCCCAACGUGGACGUUAUUGACAUCAAAAACAAUCCGAUCGAGCGAUUCGAGGCCAAAGGUAUCAGACAGAAGGAUGGAACCUUCCACGAGCUCGACGUAAUCGCCUUGGCCACGGGCUUCGAUGCUAUCACCGGGGGUAUUAAGGACAUUGAGAUAAAAGGACUCGGAGGAGAGCUGCUCAAUGACAAGUGGAAGAACGCUACAUGGACGUACUUGGGAAUGAUGAGCUCCAGGUUCCCGAACUUGUAUUUCACAUACGGGCCGCAGGGUCCGACCGCGUUUGCGAACGGGCCAACGUGCAACGAAGUGCAAGGCGACUGGAUCGUGAACUUGAUGGACGACAUGCGUGCAAACGGGCACAAGAGAGUGCACCCGAGGGAGCAGCAAGAGCGGGAAUGGAGGGAGACGGUGCAGGAACUGAGUUCCAAGGUCGUGAGGGGCAAAACGGAUUCGUGGUACAACGGGGGGAACAUACCGGGAAAGCCACGGGAGCACCUCGUGUACGCAGGUGGGAUUCCUCUUUACAUAAAGAUCAUCGGGGAAGAGAGGAGAAGCGGGUACCCCGGCUUUCAUCUGAGUUAAACUCAGCGGGAGUGAGUGACAGUGGGUUCAAGUACAGAUCGAUAUUUACUUUGAUAUUUACUAUGUAAUACAUGCUACCGUCAGGUUUAUGUGGCAUGUUCCUUCC